GGGCGUUCAGAAUCGCGAUUCGUCGUAAGUGUCGGGAAAUCGGGUCUGAAUGUCGAGGCAGUGCAGCGGACGCGUUUCGAUCGAGAGGGCGGACGAGGUCCGGCUGUGAAGGAGGAGGAGGAAGCGCAGGAGGAGCGAAGAAAUCAUGGUGGCAGUUGUGCGUGUGCGUUUGAGCGGAUGGCGAUGACGAUGGGGUCGUGAGGGAAUAGGGUUCGCGAGGGCGUGGACGAGCGCGUAGGAUUUGUGGAGUCGGGUCUGCGGAAGACGGCGAAGGCGCGUCGGCAAGAUGUAUAAUGGGAUAGGGCUCCAGACUCCUCGAGGAUCGGGUACCAAUGGGUACAUUCAGACGAACAAGUUUUUCGUGAAAUCGAGGCCUCUGAAGUCGGAGGCGCGGGAAUUUCAAAAUGGCCAGGGUCAGGGAGGGGUGUCGCGGAAGGCGAAUAAGGAAAUUUUGGAGCACGAUCGGAAGAGGCAGAUCGAGCUCAAGCUCACGCAGCUCGAGGAUGAAUUGCUUGAGCAGGGAUUUUCUCUCGAGGAUGUUGCCGAGAGGGUUGAAUCUUCCAGAAAAGUUCUUGAGUCUUUCAGCUCCGAGAAUGAUACCACUACUACCUCGACAAGGGUGUCCGACACACAGACUCACCAAAUCGCUGCACGAAAGGAAAAGCAAUUGGACGUUAUGAAAGCCGCCCUAGGUCUUGACGAUAUCAAGGAAGGCGAAGCGUUUGAUCGGGAAUUGCAGGAGCAGCGAAAACAAGAACGAGUAAUCGCUCGAGAAGAUAAAGAAAGGGAACGGAAGGAGAAGCUACUCGAGCUGGAGAAAGAGGAACGGCGGAAGGAGAAAGAGGCCAAGAAGAAGGAGAAGGAAGAAGCGAAACAGAAGAAACGGGAAGAGAGGGAACGAAGGGAAGCCGAGGAACUGGCCAAAGAGAAGGCUGAAGAGGAAAGGAAAGCGGCCAAAAGGAGGAAAAGAGAAGAGGAGAGAGCAGAACAGGAGCGCCUUGAACAAGCUAAAGAAGAGGAAAGGAGGGCAGAGAGGGAGCGCAGAAGGGAUGAGGAGGAACGCAAAUAUGAGAAGGAGCGGCGGAGAGAUUGGAGGGAAGAAGAUGAGAGGAAAUCCGGAAGAAGCCGCAGAAGGGAGCACAGAGACGAGGAAGAUGAGGAUGAGCGGAGACACGCGAAGAGUAGGCGGAGGAAGUCUAGAGAUGAAGAGGAGUUGAGGUCGUCGAGGGACCGCAAAAGAGAUGUUAGAGACGAGGAUGAGCCCAGGAAGUCUAGAGACGAAGAGGAAUCGAGGUCGUUGAGGGACCGCAAGAGGGAGGUUCGAGACGAGGAUGAGCCCAGGAAGUCUAGAGAUGAAGAGGAGUCCAGGCCGUUGAGGGACCGCAAGAGAGAGGUUAGAGACGAGGAUGAGCCCAGGCCAGGAAAGAGUCGGCGAAGAGACUCACGGGAUGAACACGAUGACGAUGAACCCAAGAGCCCAUAGGGAACUUGUAUAGCUUAAGGAUUUGUGAGUACAGCGGCUUGUUGAUGAGAAGGGUUUCAAAUUCUCGCGCGUUAGUUUAGGGCACAUUCGUAGUAGCGUAUGCUUCUGCAGAAGGUGCAUUGUUAUGUUUUCGAGUUGCAACUGUUGCAUUUUUUAAAUCAUGUACAUAGACUCUGCAUGAACACGUUGGGUUCCAUCUGUGACAUUCAUUUGUGAAGUUGUACAAGUUCGUAUACAUCUCAAGAUUUUCAACCUGCCAGCUUCGUUGUAUCCGUGAUCUCCCAGAGUUUGGUUCUGCAAUCAGUGGAUUCAGUUUCUUCGGAGUUAAAAUGGAUGUAGACAAGACAAUUCAACCGACCGUGUGAUCAUAUAAUAUCCACGGCAUUUAAAGGUGGACCGACACUACCUAUAUCCAUGUGAAGAUCAGCAGACGAAGGUGUGGAUCUCCAUCUUUGCUAUAACCGGCUGUGAGAAUCUGUACAGCUUACGAUACGUGUAUGCAGAACUGGGUACGAAGCUGCAAUCUUCACAAGGAUAUCAACUUAUGUCCGUAUUUGAAUAUUCUCUUU